AUGUCUUCAGGGGUUAAUGAUACACGAAAAACUUUUGAUUCUGCGGGUUAUAUUUGUAUAAAUCUUAUUCAACUUACUAAUCGAAGGCAUACACAUUACAAACUAAAGGGUUACAGAAUUACAUUCACACAAGAACUGACUUCACUUUAUAUGGUUCUACCCUUGCCUAUUUACCAAUUAUGUGGUCACUUAAAGGUCAUAUUUGUUGGGCAAGGACACCCAUCAGAAGAACAAUUGAAAGGAAUGACGUUGGAAUCUUUACCAGAAAAUGAAGUGCCAACUGCUUUAUCAGCAACGACUGUGAUGGUCAACAUUAAUUUUGAGAAAGUAGAAUAUUAUACUGGAUAUGUAAUGGAUCUUAUUGAUAGAAAUAAUGUAAAAGAUGAUUUGGAUAAUGAAAAAUUAGAUGAUAUGACUGGAUUAAUUGACUCUAUUGGUGAUUCAGCCGAAUUGAGAAGUUUGGUUGAAUUGAUUUCGAAACUUACUCCGAAUGAUAUAAAUGUUGCAGUUGAGCAAGUGCAGAAAAAAUGGCCAAUAUCAAGUGAUGUGAUUCUUGAAUUGUUAAAAAAUAUAAAUGUUGUUGGUAGAAAAAUCAUGGCUAAUGAUUACAUCCCGAAAUCUCAAUAUAGUGAAUUUUAG